UCCGGCGGCGUUGUUCGUGCACGGCCGUGCUGGCAGUGUGCGUGAGUGGGACGCUCGUGUUUGUGUGUGCGUGGGUGGGCGCCCACGCGCAGAGGAUGCUGAACAUGUGGAAGGUUCGAGAGCUCGUAGACAAAGCUACUAACGUGGUGAUGAACUAUUCCGACAUCGAGUCCAAAGUGAGAGAGGCCACCAAUGAUGACCCCUGGGGGCCGUCUGGCCAGCUAAUGGGAGAAAUCGCCAAGUCCACCUUCAUGUACGAGCAGUUCCCCGAGGUGAUGAACAUGCUGUGGACCAGGAUGCUGAAAGACAACAAGAAAAACUGGAGACGCGUGUACAAGGCGCUGCUGCUGCUGGCCUACCUGAUCAGGAACGGAUCGGAACGAGUGGUGACCAGCGUGCGAGAGCACAUCUACGACCUGAGAUCUCUGGAGAACUACCGCUUCACGGAUGAGACCGGCAAAGACCAGGGCAUCAACGUGCGUCAGAAGGUGAAGGAGACGGUGGAAUUUGUCCAAGAUGACGAGCGGCUCCGAGAGGAGCGCAAGAAAGCUAAGCAGAACAAGGACAAAUACAUUGGGGUCUCCUCAGACAGCGUGGGAGGGGGAAGCAUCAAGAACUGUGAGUGGUCCCGUACCCUCAGCCCACAUCCGUCCCGAACCGCAACGGUUCUGUGUUUGUGUGCAGCUUGUGAGCUGGAGCGGAGCAAAUGGGAGGAGGACUGGGACAAGAGUCGAGCGGCGUUCCCCUUCAGCGAGAAACUAGGCGAGAUCGGCGAGAAGAUCGGCAGCACCAUCGACGAUACCAUCAGCAAGUUCCGCAAGAAGGAGCGAGACGACUCCCCGGACAGGAGCAGCGACAACGAGGGGGAGAGGACAUCCAGGAACGGUCAUCUGGAAGCUCGCGAGUUCAAAGACGAGGAGGAUAGCGUCCCCGCCAAGAGCGGCCACGUAACUCAGGCGACCACCGCUGCUACACGCAAACGCAGCGGGACCCCCGCCAACAAGACUUUGGACCUCGGCGCCGCCGCCCACUACACCGGAGACAAGAGUCCCGAUGACGAUCAGGCAUCCGGGAGGCGGCCCUGUGGUGGGGGUCUGGCUGACUUGCUGCUUAUCGACUCUUCAACCCAUCAGAGCUCUGCUGCAGGGGGCUUCUCCAGCGACCUUAUCUGCGACUUCGCUGACUUCUCGUCGCCAGUGGCGUCAGUCAGUCUGCCCUCCUCCACCGUCGCGGCACCGGCUAACGGGACCGCAGAAUUCGGAGACUGGAGCGCCUUUGCCGACCUCCCAACGACGAUGUCGUCAAGCUCCGCCUCUCAGCCGAUCGUCGACUUGUUUGGCGCCCCUCCGCCUGUCCCGCCUUCCGCCGAGCUAUUUGACUUGAUGGGCGGGGUCAUCCAUCCGACGGCACUGAGCUCAUCUCAGAGUUUGACCUUCCCGUCCGUCGCGGCAAACGUCCCAGCGUCUCGCUCUCAGCAGAGUCUGGGAACUUUGAUGUCUCGGCAGCCCGCCGGAUUCAAGCAGAUGGUCGGAGGGCAGGGUUCUUUAGGCUCCACCUGGUCCGACCCGUCUGUUGACAUCGGCCUGGACUUCCUGUCAGCUGGCCUCAAUCCCGUCAAGUCGCCAGCCACCCUCACCAACACCAUGGGGCAGCUGCAGCAACAAGGCGUGGCUCCCAUCCACGCGCUGGCCAGCAACUUGGGAGGCCUGGACCUCAAGCGAGGCUUGGCGCCUCUCAUUGGACCUCAGGCCAAUCCCAGCAUGCCACCUUUGACGACAAUGGGCGUUGCCGCUCCCGUCAGGAUGGGGACCCCGGGGCUCGGCGCGGGGCGGCAAAGCCAGAUGCCUUUUCUAACUUGAGCAACUUUGCAAAUUGGAGGUGUGCGCCUGUUGAGGUGAGGACGGACGGACGGGCGUGCUCACGAGCGCGGAAGUGCCGCGGCCGCAAGCCCCCCCCCCCUCCAUGUAGCCCUUUGCCAUGUAUGCCACUCUCAACAAGUUUGCUAUAUUGGUCUUUGGGGUGACCUUUCAGGAUGAACCUAAAAUGCACUUUAACCUUUCCAGUCAACUCAAUAGGCCAUUUUGAGUGUCCAACUGUCCAUCGCUUCAGGACUUUUUAUGCAGCAAUCCAUCUCAAGACAAGAAAAUACAAAACUCUACUUGAGGGAGCUUGGUGACGCACAUUUGGAUCCUCGCUAGCUGGUAGUGUUGUCGGUCAUCCCACCCCCAAGCCGUUAGGCGCAAACUUUUUGUGAGUGGCCCCAAACCUCCUCAGGGCAAACGUCCCUCUGACAACAACGCCAUCUUCAACUUGAAUUUGGCCUUCUAAAUACAUUUCCCUGACUUGUCUCUUCCACCACCUUCUCCUUCCAAGUUGCAAGAAACAACGUGGUGGGGCCCGAGGUAUUCACUGGAGCCACCGUCUUCGAGCCAUGGACUUGCAAAAAUACGAGGGACAAACUCAACAUUGGUGGGGGUGGGUGGGGCUCUUUUGUUUGACGUGCGGGCACACAGCUAAGCAGAGACUUUUGCGUGCUUCAAAUGACCAAAUCUUUAUUUUGUUACUCUCAGAAUGACAAUUCCACAGAUGUACGUUUAAUGUUUGCGUUACUUGUCUUCAUAAAGGACAUUGUUGAUGUUUGUGUUCCUUUUUCAGUACAAGUCAGUAUCUUGCAAUUGUGUACGUGCUUUCUUUGACAUUCAAUUAAAUUGCAGCAACCUCAA